GUAGAGCUUGGUUUGAUUCCGUCGACUUCAUCGGAGCUGAAAACGGCGAUUUUUACAUCGAUAUCAAGGUCCGGAUGAAAUUCCUCCCAACCCCUCUCUUCCCUAGGCUUGUAACCAUCACCUUGCGCAACAGCAAGGGCCGCGGCAGCAGCAGAACUGUACCUUCGCGUUUGAUUUUUUUCGCGCCUGGGUCGACUAGAGGCAGGAGGGGUGGUGGGCUGGGUUCGCCUCACGACAUUGUUGCUGGAAGGCUCGCGCACAGGUCGAACUCGAGGAGUCGUAUAAUUCGAAGAAGGCAUUUCCCUUAUUAAUCUCGCAGGCGUUUCAUUCCCAUCAACGUCAACAUAUCUUCCUCCACCGCCUGGCCCCCCAGGAACAUACCUCCGCCUCUUUGGAGGUGGUUCACUGUUGACGGCUGGGUCUUCAGUCUGGCUAGUUCUGAGGACCUUCGGUUGCGGUCGAGGAGUUCGCGGGUUAAGUGUUCUCUUUGAGGAAGCCAGCGGCGCCAUAAUCGUAAAUCGCAGCUUAGGCAGUGGGGUCACGAGCCUUCAAUAGUGGUUGGGGUUCGUGGUAGUUUGGUUUGCAAAGGGGCGAAUGAAUGUAAACGUUGGAAUGCUCGUAGCGCGACAUAUGAACGCCAAGCCGUUACCAAAGCGGUGCAGCCACGCAUAGGAAAGAUAUCCGCGCCAGAUGCGACGGGUUUGGCAGCUUUGAUAGCUCUCGCCGGUGGUUGCGAGGGCUAGCGCGACCACCUGACGCUGUGAGCAUCAGAUGCUCAUCUCCGACUUCUGCGCAUCCCAGCGCUGACAAGCCAUUCUCUCAACGAGCUCUAGUGCCACAAUGAGCGGCGCAGGUGACGAUCGGUGGCGCGGUGGGCGUGGCUUAGACCAGAAUCGCCAGCAUGGGCAGCGACACCAAGGCGGAAACCUGCGCGACCGAUCGCUAGGAGGACAUCAGCAAGAUCGGCACCCACACCGGGGUUAUGGAAACAACGCGAAUGCGACCAAUUCCUGGGGCCCUCUGCAUGGGGGACCUCCCCAGGAACAGCAUAUUCCCGUGAAAUCCUUCAACGCUGCGGAGUCGAAAGGCGCGCUCAAGCAAGGAUAUCAGAAUGUCGGCUCGCGUGUUCCGCUCGUCUAUAAACCAACUGACAAGGAAGUGAAUAAUUCACGGGCAGCCAGUGGUCCGUGGGGUUCAAGACCAAAUUGUAUGGUCAAUGGAAAGGACUUUUUCCUGGAGCUCCGAAAGCAAGUGUCUGCUUUACGGCAAAGCGGCAAUAACCCUGUGGGCGGCUAAUGCUAGCCAUCAAGUCAAAAGAUUUUUGACCCCGUGGGCAGAUGUGUUUUGUGCAUUUUAUUAUGAGCGGUCGUAUUUCUUUUUUACACUUCACGGAUAGCGGUUAGUCAUGAUAUACCCAGUCAUAUUAGUUGAGCAAAAAUUCGUUGCUUUUCAUUUGCAUUAGAGAUGAUGCACCAAAGACUUUAAGGUGGACACACUGCGCCUAUUUUCUUCACUCCGAACAAGACCUGACUCCGGGGUAGUCGCACUCUACUCAGGAUGAAGAUGGCUUGUUAUGUUUGCUGAGCUAUUAAAAAGAUCUUUCCACGCAGACAAAUUAUUUUUACAGUCUAUUACAUUCCUCAUUUUUUCAUUUCGUUUCCAGGCGGUGGUACGGUACGGAUGCUUUAUCGCAUAUUGCAUUUUCCCCUUCAAACUCCUUGGUGUCGCGUUAUCAGGCACUGUAUUACAUAUGGAACCUGCUGAAACACUAACUGCCAGCCCAGCCUUCUUGAGCACAUAAACAUUAAAACUAUGCAUUCAUACUCACCCAAGCAGCUCUAGAAUUGCCACAAUUUCUAUUUUUGCCGAUAAACGAGUUCUGUAUUCAAAUCAUGCACUGCAUGUAGGUAACCGAUGAUGUAUAAUCUGUACCUGCUCACAAUUUCAGAGUUGCUUCAACGACUACAGUAAAAUGCCCAAGUCUUCCAUUGCCUAGCCAAAAUGAACCC